AUGAAUUCUUUAAAAAAAUGCAUCAGAACGCUGGAUAUCUCUGCAACUUUCAAAAGCCUCGCUCUGCAAUCCUUGACCCAGCCUUUUUCAUAUUUUUUUUUUAUCGUUACUGUGUUGGUUUUGCCGUGUUUGCUCUGGUUUCCCUACGCAUUUCCGGUGGCCGAAGCAGUUGACUUCUUGUGUGGAGACAUCUUGCGUGAGAGCAGUAGCUGUGAUGAGCCCGGCAAUCAACCAACUGUUGAUCCAAAGAAGUCAAAAACCUCCUACCUCUUGAUGGAACUGUACGGUAACUGUAGCCCAACAUCAAGACGUAUCACCCUCUUCACCACAACGUUUCUUUUGUCCUUAAUUUUGUACAUCAUUUCAAGGUCAAGAUGUAAAUUCUCCCGCCGUUUUAAAGGCCUCUUAAGAUUGUUUUCAAUCGUCAUUGGUUUGUUCUUUGCCUUUACCUUUCUCCCAUGGAUAACUUAUGACUUUCUUUGGCCUAUACAAGUCUGGAUUCAAGUUGUAGUAUUCUUCAUUUGCCUUGUACUUCCUUUCUUUUUCCCUAUUAUUCGUAACUAUGCAGGCCUUUUCCUUUUUUUUUAUGUUUAUGUGUUCAUUGUGAGCUGGAAGGUGUUUAAGAUAGAGCUGUUGGGCAAGUUUCCUUAUUCGGAUGCUCUUUUCUAUCUACUGUUGGUUAUAUGUUGCGCGUUGAUCGUGCUUUUCCCAAUUCUGGCCACUAUGCACCGUGCUCUGUUCAACGCUUACUACAGGUUAGUAAAACCUACCGACAAAUAGUUUGUUAAAUUCUCAAGAUAGAAAAUGAUUAGAUAAAAAGAGCUGAAAAAAAUUCAGAAAUUUAUAGAAUUGGCAUGACUCUACUGAUUUCCGAGUAGUUAUAACCAACAAUAAGCGAAAUGUUAAGGGAAAACUUGGUCAUGUAGUUUCACGUGGUACAAAGUCACGUUCGCUGUUUGCCGUAAAUGUGACUCUUUUGAGACCCUAAGAUCGAGGUUUGGCCAUCUUAUCUUUUUCAUGUGAUCCGUCUGCACAUGUUUGGCACGUAAGAUUCGCGAGUAUAGCUCGCGCCGGCCUUGUUUGUUUUCAUUGAUUUGUUCGCUUCUACUGAUUUUCGCUGAGAAAUCGUCUUCAAAAUUACAUUUCGACGAAAUAGAAUUUUACACAUUGUAAAUAACAAAAAAAAGAGUGCUAAAAAGUCUCUCAUGUGGAUUUGUGAUGUUUUAGGGUGCGAAAGAACCUUCCUAAAAAUCACUUACCUCUAGAGAAUGGUCUAGAGCUGUAUAAACGUGAACCUCAAACCGCAAAGGACGCUUUUAAGGAUAUCUGCAUAGCGUACGACCCAUUCAGUAUUACAUAGACGUUUACACAGACAUUAAUUCAGUGAAGUUUAAGUCAAACUAAAUUAAAAACCCUCGUCCACGUAGCCUGCGAACGCAAACUUAUCUCCCUGGGCCCGGUUCCUGAAGUAUUGAUUAGCGUUAAUCGAGGAUGAAAAUUUUGUUCCGUUUUUGUAUUCUACAUUCCUAUGCAUUGCUUAGGGUAACAUUUUGUGUUAUUAUUACUGUAUCUCGUAGUAAAGACUGAACAGUAUAUUGUAACCUCGAGUUGCAGGUUCUUAGACGAGAAAACCAUGCUUGAAAUUUGGCUUAAUCCUUGGUUAAACUUAACCAUCUUUCGAGGAACCGGGCCUGAUCUCUGGUCGUCGCUUCUCUCCACCCGAAAAGUAACCUACUCUUCAAGGGGAGAAAAGCGGUGGAAGUACAUGUGCGUUCGUAGAGUCCUGUCUACCAGAUUUGUAUUGGGAUCAGGGGCGGAUCCAGGAUUUUUUUUAGGAGGGGGUGCACUCGACUCUUGCUCUACUUCAACACCAAUAUACCACAGUUUUUUUUUUUUUUCAGAAUACCAGUUGUAUUAGAAAACCGCAGGUCAUCUCAGGGGGGGGGGGGGGGGUGUCAACCCCUGCCCCCGCCCACCUAAACCUCCCGGGGGGGUUCAAGCAGUCAAUUUAUUUCGAGCGGGGCGGUUGGCCGCUCAUGUUUUAUCUUCGUCAACAUAACACGACGUGUUUUUUUUUUUUGAAGGAGAAACGGUUUGAGCAAAAAGCGAGGGGCUCUAGGGGGGGGGGGGGGGGGUGCGAAGCCCCUGCACCCUCCCCCUAGAUCCGCCCCUGGGGAUUCAUCUUGUUCCCAGGGCAGUCAAAUUAACUAAGCCGGUACUUACUGAUCCCUUUCUUUUUAGCAGGGCGUUAAAGUCUCAUUCUUUGAAUGUACUCGGUCCCGUUCAAAUAAAUCUGUCUUAAGUUAGCGUUUUUAAAUUAAAUGUAAAACGACUAGUCGACUUCCUAUUAUGGGUUUAGGUCGUUUAGCGUUGGUGUCAAGAAACUCAGGCUGUGUUUAUUUAGGUCGCCACUUACUUGAAGGAGCAUCUAAAAAAUCUGCCCCUCAUAUGUAAAAAAAGGUUUUUGGCUGUCAAGGUGUAAUAUAUCAAACAUGAGACGCAGUGUUUCAUCACCAGAUGAAACACCGGGAAGAGAGUUGAAAAUACGACGCGCAGCGGAGUGAUUUUUGACGAACAUCGAGGUGUUUCAUCUGGUGAUGAAGCACUGUAUCAUUUGAAAUGAUUUUAGAGGGAUAAAUGAAGGAUACAAAAUUGGGCAGUUUUUCAUCUGAUUUUCAAACACUCAUUAAACAUUUCCUUUGUAUUUUCGUUAUGAAUUGUUAAUAAGUUUAAGAGGUUAAAAUCAAGCACCUGUCGACAACAUCUCGCGCGUACACCCUGCGCGUGCGCCUGUGGUUAUCGAUAUAAACACAAGUUAUAAUAGUCCGCUUAUUUCUUUGCUGCAGGUGGUCACUAUCCAAAGCCUUUUUCGAAGAUCCAGAAGGUUUCCCGUGGAAAGAUGUGUUUCCUUUUUGCUGGGUCGUGUGCGAAAGCUUGCGUAGUUGGAUUGGGAAGUUUAAAAAGAGCCCUCGGCAGCACGACAUGGACGAAGAAGAACCUCCCGUGGACAAAAAAGAAAUUUAUUUGAGUGAUCUAAGCAAUAUUCAACCCAAAUUUAUCAGCAACAUCACUGUGAAUGAUUGGCAAAUAGGCAGCAGACAAGGUCCUUGUCACCACCUCAUAGCAUUUUCGACAGAAGAUGUAAAAGUUAUUGGCAAGUAUGUGGAUGAGGAAGGGAAAAGUGUCAAGCCUGAAUCUUUGUCCGAUCUGAAUAAUCGUGAUUGUGUACAGCUGUUUAAGCCCGAACAUAUGCCUUUGUCUCAGGCAAUGGCCAUAUCAGGUGCUGCAUUAAGCUUUGACAUGGGGAGCUAUGAAACCAGUCUAGAUAUGAUAUUGGAUCUCUUGUCUUUGUUGGGGCUUGGAAUGGGAGCAGAAUUGCCUAGUGACCAGGUGAACCUCAAAGAAAAGCCAUUUCGCGAAGCUUGCAAACAGGUAUGUACACUGUUAAUUUUUGACACUUUAGGGCUGAAACAUUUUUUUGUGUGUCAGUAAUACAGCCCUGCAGGCCAAAGACUGAAUAAGCCUCUCUUGGAGCCAUUUGAGUCCAAUAGGCCACUUCCGGGUUCCAAAAACCCUCACUUUCAAAAUGAGGCUAGGCGCACAACCUUUCUUGUGAAAAUGAGUUUUAUUUCAAAAGGCUGAGCACCUACCCUCGUUUUGAAACAGAGGCUCGGGGGAAAUCGGAAAUGGCCUAUUUAAGCCAAAACAGCCUCAUCAUAUACCUAUUCCAGCCAACGCUGUAGACAGACACUGGGACUCAUUUCAUCCCGUGUGUCCAAGUCAGCCCUAGGUACAGCGGAACCUCGAUGUAACAAAGGGGCAAGAGACUGGCAAAAUUUGUUCGCAAUAACGAGGUUUCGUUUUAUCGAGAUUGUUUUUCAUCUGUUUUUGUUCGUUAUAAUGAGGUUCCAUUGUUAUUGAACUGUAUUGUCCUGAUUUAGGGACCCAAAUUAAGCCCCCCAAAGGAGAACUGUAUUUCACUCACCAAAACGGUCCCAAUUUUUAGGAUCAAAAAAGAUAUUUUUGAUUUGAAGUGCAUGUUUCGGGCACCUAGAUUCCCGUUUAACUUACUGUUCUUCAGCACAGAUUGCGAUAAAGGAAAUGACAACCUAAAAGAGCCUCCCCCCUCUCCCUUAGGGUGUGUUCUCGGAAAAAUAUGGGUGAAGUAGCAUGCUUUUUCCGACCCCCUAUUUCAGUUUUUUAAAAAAAAAACAUGCGAUUUUCUCUACCCCGGAGCAUGCACACUCUGAUACACGUUCCCGCCGCAACUCGGCAGAUCUUGUGUCAACAUUAUCUUUACAUUUUGAGAGCCGCACGCUUCUUACACAAAAGUUGCGUCUUCUAAAAUCCUAGCCUGCGUAAACAGCCGAUACUCCUCGCUCCUCGCCAAAGAGCGAGGAGAAAACGGCUGUUUUCACAGGCUACUAAAAUCCAUACCCAGUGCGCGACCAAACUGGGCCAUAAACAGAGCUCAAAAGCCAUACCCUUGUGUACUGCACAUUCCCCGCCCUGUGGCUGAAAUAAUGGAGUGCUCCUCCUUCUUGCCUCCCAGACCACCCGGUCUGACAACAUCGCUUUGGCAUACAACAUUUUCACUAAUGUUGUCAUUUCGUUUAGUUGAAAAAAAGGACCUUAUCUCUUAAAGAAAACUAUUUUUGUCGAAGUGGAGAAAGUAUACCGCUUUUUAAAACAACUCUGAUGGAUCUUUUCUCUUGUAUUCUGUAGUUCCAGAAAAUAUCCUUUUUCCCCCCCCCCCCCACGGAGGGCACUUUUGCUUUAGACCCCCCACUCCAGGGGGUGGUUGUCAUACCCCGGACCCCCUAUGAAAUUUCCGUAAUUUUCAACUUGCUUGGGUACCCCCUGGAAACAAUAUUUCCGUCAAAGAUUGCUUUUGCACUAUAUUAUUAUGCAAAAGAUAUUUUUUAUUCUUGUUAAUACAGCCUUUGUCUAAUAAUCUUAAGGAGUUUCCUAGCUAAUAAUUAACCAUGGAGGCGAUACCUGUUACACUUCUGAUUACUGACUACUCUAUGUAUCUAUGUCGAUGUUUAUAUCACCUUUUCCUUUAGACUUUUUUGUUCUAGUUAAAAGUCUUGUUUGGUUUAAAUGACAUGCCCCGCUUAAUACAGACACCUCGUUAGUACAGACACUCAGUUCUAUGGCCCAUUCAGUUUCCUUAUUAACGGGGUUUGACUCAGUGUACUUUCAAAUUGAGUCAAAUGCAAAAUAAAAACAUAAAAACAACUAAAGAACCAAACAAGGCACGGAAGAACAAAUUGAGGAAGGAAUAAAGGAGAUUAGAAACUGUUUUCCUUUCAGAUUUUUCAAGUUUUUUGUUUUCUGUUGUUGGAGACUUAUUUGUCACGAUUUGUCAUUCCGAAGUUAUCUCUAGCAAAUAAAACUAAAAAACAAUUUGACUAAAUUUCCAUAUAUAUAUAUAGAUAGUCUGCAAGAAACUAACUUUAAUUUCUUCUUAAUUUUUCUUCUUUUAAAGUUCCUGUUGGAGGUGCUUGUGUUAUCUCCUCUCAUCGCCAUUUUGUUUUGCUACCUUUUGGGAAGCAAAAUCAAUGUACUAACUGGGUUGAUUCUUGUACACAUUGGCGUUCUUUUUGUGUUAUCUUUCAUUGCCGUGCAAGAUACUGGAUUCCCUGAGGAUAAAGGCGGUUGUAAUGGAAUGUCUAGCAUUGUACGGUAAGUAACGAACUCUUUGAGCAUGAAGAAAAGCGGUUUUAUUUUAAGCUCAGUUAUGAUGUAUCGUCAUGUGACAAACGUUGGCUAAGACCUGUUUCAAACGUCGUGCUACUGCCGUGCUAAACUGGCUCGACUGUAACUCGACUGCAGCACGACACUAGCACGACUUGGUUUCAGACGUAGAAUUUAAUUCAGUCGAAUAGAACGGCUGUUGCGGAAAACAAAACACAAAAAUAAGGAAACGGUUUAGCAGACUUUUAAAUAUAUUCUAAUGUAUUUAUAAUUUGUGAAUAUUGAGUUCGGCACGGCUGUAGCACGACGUUUGAAACCAAGUCGUGCUACUACUGUCGUGCUAAAGGCGAAUUUAAUUCGAGCAAUUGAGUUCGGCACGGCAGUAGUACGACGUUUGAAACGGGCCUAAGAAAAUAACUGCAUUCUCGAAAAGAAUUCCCGUUACCUAUGACCUUCCAAACACCGGCCGGGGCAGGCGCUUUGUCCGAUUGAGCUACGAUUUAGAUCCAUAGAGUAAAAUAGCCUGUUCCAGGCUCUCAGAUAGUAAGCAUGAAGCCUAAGUGUAAAGCAUGCGAAAAUAUGAGCGCGUUAUCUGGUUUCUUGUUUUAUUUUCGUGUUCACGCUUUCUCAAUUUCGUGGACCCGACUCAGGCAAGGGCCCUCAUAGAGAGAAGGGUUAUUUGCCUCUUUCAUCAAACGUUUCUCUCUUUUGACAUAGACCAGUUUCGAAUGGUUAAAAUUCACAGUUGGCUCCGGGCUGAGGGGUAUACAGUAUAAAGGUACAAUAAAACGAGGAACAAAGAAAAAUGUUACGUGUUUUGCCACCAACGUUCAAACCUGUCGUGCAACAAAUUAGGUUGGUGGAAAAUGCAUGAAUACAGACUUCUGAUUUGAUAAAUUAUGUGGGAGUCACUCCAAUCACGGAUCAUCGGCCAGUAAAAUGUACAACAUGAACAGAUUUUGUGGCAAAGAGUAGAUACUACAACAACUUUUCUCAACCUGCAAUAACCUACUUUGUUGCAAGAUAGGUUUGAACGUGGGUGUUUUUCAACUCGUUUUGCAGUAAUUUCUGUUGCCUGUUUCGCAUCGGGAUUCAUGGGAAAAUAAUUCGUUUCUUUUGUUUUAUUCCUCUCAGCCUCAGGGGUCAAGCAUGAGUUCUGAUAAUUCGAAGCUGGCCUAUCAGAGGCUUUCUGCCGGGACUGAACUAGUGUCUAUUUUUUGCCUCCCUAAAUCACGUGAAUGUUUGUGAUACUCUGAAAUCCCUUCCUCACUCCCCUUGGCGGUCGCACUCCUGAUCUGUUGCAAGGUUUGAAGGUGAAACUAGGUAACAGACCUUUUUAGCUUGUACGUUUUGUUUUCCCAUUGCAGACCACGUGAUGUUACCCAGAUAAUUGUUUCUUUCUAAUGUCGUUCCAUGCUCGUGCGUUCACGUACAUAUGCAUAAUGCAUAAAAAAGACAAAGGCAAAUUCCCUUAAGAGCAUCACGUGGUCUGAAUUGGGAAAAACAAAACAUACAACCUAAAAAGGUUUAUUUCAAGUUCACUAUCGCAGUCUUGCAGUGACGGCAAAGAAAUGUACAAAAGAGCGUGAUACACGUCCGAAGUUGUUGUUUUGCCGAUUCAACUUAUUGCUUUUCGACGCUCUUGUUAUCGUCGCCGUCGUGUGUUGACACUAUAUCGGAUGAUAUCGGAUAGCUUUUGCACCGCCACGUCAAGAAAUUAGCAGGGGGGGAGGGGGUUGGGAACUUUAAAUUUGGGUUCGGAAAUGAGGUGACCCAUGGGAGUGAAAUUUGCUAACCCUCCCCUUGAGCUUGGCCUAAAAUAUCAUGACCCUCCCCCUCUUGUAUAAGUGAUAAAAUCUAGUUCUUGCAAUACACUAGGUUGUCAUUAUUAUGAAAACUCAAAAUAUAUUUCUAAUCUGUUUUUUGUAAUGCUAUUUACAUACAUUUUAGAUGUCAGCAUUAAGAGCCUGACUCUGAUUCUGACAGCUGAUCACUCAACUCUCCUAUUUCUCCCAGGCUUUUUUACCAAGUGAAAUAAAGAACUUUCUUUUUCUUCUGUGGGUGAACCUCUACAUGAUCACGGGCAUGUAUUUGCAUGACCCUUCCCCUUUUAAUGGCCCAUUUUUCAUGACCCCUCCCUUUUCUGGGUCUCAAAAAGUUGUGACCCUCCUUCUGUUUCCUUCCCCCCUCCCCCUGCUAAUUUCUGACAAGUCCCUUAUGGCGGCACGACUUCUGUGACGGAGCGAAGCUGCGCCUCGCCUAUCUCGAAAGCGAAACGUCACAUAUCGGAUAGUUCUUGUGCAAUACUUUGUGCAGUGUGAACGCCUAUUCGACCUGUUCGCGGAAGUCUAUAAGAAGGAGCGAGGACUGGAACCCACUAAAACUGAAGUAAAUACUGAGGAGCGAGGACUGGAACCUUCUCGGCCAACCGCGCCGGUACGAAUUUGCCGGCACGAUGCCACUCUCGUCCCCGGAGCUUCCUGGAGUCCUGAGUACGAUUUUAGGACAUCCGGUUAUUUCUGAUUCAAAAGUAAGUUGAAGAAUUCUCUUUUAAAAGCUUUAAAUCACCUUAAUUUACAGUCAUUGACACUUCGGCAUGAGCAAGUGAACGCUAUUAGAAACGUUGUUGAAAAUCAGAAAUGACAACUUCAGGAUUUUAGAUCCUGAAGUUUGUUUAGGACACAGGGUUCUCGGAGGUUCAGGAACAUGAGUCCGGAGGUCCUUCGAGACCCCCUGCUCUUACCGUGCUACGAGCUACACGCACUUGCUGCACACGAGCUCCAAGGCUCUGCUGUUUGUACUAUACCGGCCGGAUAGCUUUUCGCGGCGCCAUAAAAUCUGCUACAUGAUCAGCGUAAAGUAUAGAGCUCUCCACUUACUCAGGUGUCCCUUGCUGCAAUUUGUUUUUUGAAAAACAAAUAAACUUCCGUCUCUCAAGUUUCCGUGUUUUGUUGUUGUUGUUGUUUUUGCCUUAAUCGUACUGGUAAGCAUCCUUAAAGUUCAGUGGUAAGCUCGACCAACUGCACUUUCUCGAAGGUUCACGUUGAGUCUAUUUCAUGUCUCCAACUGAUGCUUUCAAUCGCCAUUUUUAGACUUAAGUUUAACAUUGAAAGCGCGGGUUUCGUUUUUCUCGCAGAUGGUUGCUUCCUCGACUUUUUUUCGCUGGCUUUCUCCGUGGAUUCCUGAACAUCAAUCACGUGUCCACCAAGCCUCCUCCAGUAUUAAGGCUGAGCGAUGGAGGUCACUUUGAAAAUCUAGCUCUGUUGCCUUUGCUGGAGAAGAAAUUAGAUCGUAUUGUUGUUGUUGAUGGUUCCUGUAAUCCAGGUGGCGAAAAGUACGCUGAUGCACUUCUCCAUGCCAUUAAGAAAGCAAGGGAAAAACUCCACUGCUCAUUUACGCCACUCACCAAUGAUGAGGAGACUGAAGGUGAUGGAACUCGAGAUAUUGAAGAAGAUAUCCGUGUCCGUUUCUUGACGAAAAAGAAUGGGCGGUUACCAAGGCACUAUAGGUUCAAAGUCCACUACUAUGAUGUAAUUGAUGUAAAUGGGGUCUCAGUUGACAUAUUCUCUGGAAAAACAGGCGAGAUACUCUUCUUAGCACCCAGGCACCCAGAAGAGUGCAAUGAGUUUGGUGAGGCCCAGAACGAUAAGAAUUGGGAAAAAUUUGACGUGGAGGAAAAAGAAAACCCCGACCAUCCCUGGAGGAGGCCGAGGAAACUGACUAAAGACAAAGCUAAUCGACUGACUUGGUGUUGCUGUCGAUGUUGCCAUGGUGAACUUAAGGAGGGCAGUAAAGACAAGGCCAGCAAACUGGCUUGCUGUGGCUGUAAGUGUGAUCGUAAAUGCUGUAGUUGUUUCUGUUUCUGUUUCCCUGGUGACAUCUGUCAUCAUAUCUCUUCAUUUUUUCUGCGGGGAGGUUUCCCUCAUCACACCACCGGAAAUCAGUUCUUCACCCCCGACAUGUUUUCAGCUUACCAUUGUGAGGGGCUCGCAGCUUCCAUUGAAGCUGCGGGUAAAGCCAAGAAGUUUUUUUAG